GUAGCGGCAGGAAGAGGAAGCAUAGAAAGUUACAAAAAUAAAGAAACUUCAGUUUGAGUGCGUCUUGUUGUAUUUGUUUUAUUAUAUUAAGGAUGGGGACGUCUGCCAGUCAGAUAUCAAAGGAGUUACUUUCAGAAUACCAGGAACUGACAUUUUUAACCAAGCAAGAGAUUCUUCUAGCCCACCGGAGAUUCAGCGAGUUGCUGUCCAAAAACCAGGACUCGUUGACCACCAGAGUCCCACAGGAGAAGGUGUUGACCAUGCCAGAGCUGAAGUCGAACCCAUUCCGGCAAAGGAUCUGUCACGUGUUCUCCACCUCGGAGGAGAAGGACAACAGCCUGUCGUUUGAGGACUUCCUGGACCUGCUCAGUGCCUUCAGCGACUCCGCCACCCCAGAGAUCAAAUCACACUACGCCUUCCGCAUCUUCGAUUUCGAUGAUGAUGGAACCCUAGACCGCACAGACCUGGAGCAUCUGGUGAACUGCCUGACUGGAGACACCCCUGAGACCAGGCUCACCCCAGAGGAGAUGAACCAGCUCAUCCACAAUAUCCUUGAAGAGUCAGACAUCGACAAAGACGGAACAGUGAACCUCUCUGAGUUCCAGCAUGUCAUUUCCAGGUCACCUGAUUUCGUCAGUUCUUUUAAGAUUGUGCUGUAAGCUGUGAGGCCAGGACCAGAAGCAGACACAAGCUACGGACAAGCUACCUCCCACCGGAAUCAAGACCUGAAUUUUAUACUGGAGUUCUUAACCCUUUUUAAAAUCUUUCUUUUUUGUUUUGUUUUAACCUGAUGCAGUUUGACCUUGAUUGUGCCUUAAAUUCUAAUAUGUUCUGAUGGAAAUGUUUAUGACUUUUCUUAGUUAAAUGUAGUUUUACUGACCUGAAGAAGCAUUUUUAUACAAUAGAAAUAAAAACUAUUUAAUCAAUAAAAGUUACUUCCUUAAA